AUGAACAUUAUUUAUUCUAUUCCCAGCUUCGCUCAACAAAACUUAAACAUGCCAUUUGACUCUGAAAACAAUGAAUAUGACAAUAACAACAUGACUUUUUCUUCAUUAGACGAAAAUAAUUCUACUUAGUCAUAAAAUCAUUUAUAACUAAAUAAUAACAACAGCGCCUCUAAAAAUUAUUUCUCCUGUCCUUUUAAUCCUAACAAAGUUAUCUUAAAAAAUUCAAAUUCUAAAGAAAAAUUUACUAAUAUUUAACCCUGCAAUCUCUUCUAUAAUUUGAAUUCAGAACAAGCAUCUGACUUCUUCUAUGCCUUCAAUGUUCUCCCUAUCAAUUUGAAUUACUUAUCUGGAAAGAAAAAUUUCUCAUUCCUCAGCGAAUUAAAUCGUAAUGUUGACAUUUGUGAGAUGAGCUCUGACACUAAAGCUGUUCAUAUCUUCUACUAAGACAUUGCUGUAUUACCUUAAACUUACAGUCUAAUUAACAAUUUAUCAGUUUAAGAAGAAAAAUACUAAUCAUUCGCACAGAAGCUUUAAUUAGCAGCUUAAUUGACAAUCAAUAUGAACAACUCAGUUUCUUCUUGCAAUUCUUAGCAAAACACCUUUGGUUCCAGAUCUAAAAAUAUUAUCAACGAACACUUUGCUUCAAAGAAAGACAAAAGAAUGUUUGCUCUCUCAGGUUCAUUCAAUCCUAAAAGCUCUAGACACCAAUUUUCAGUCCACUUCUCCUAGGAAAUGAUUCACAUACUUGGAUACGAAACUGACAGCUUUAUGCUUAAGUGUUCAAUCACAGGUUUUAAUGAAUUUAUGAUGACAAAUGAGUUUAUAAGUAAUAUGCAAACAAUCAUUGAAGCAUUACCAACUUAAAUUAUGACUUCUUCUUAAAACGAACCAUUAAAAAUCAAGCAAAAGUUUUACAAAAGCUAAGACGAGGCUAUGGAAGCAGUUUUUUCUGUUUAUUUAUUAAAAGGCUCUUCUCUUUAAAGCAUAUCCGAAUCUAUUAUUGUUUUCGAAAUACUUCAUAUUCUUGAUUUCUAAGUUUCCACUAAAGGAAAAAAAUUUGUAACUAAAAAACGUUAGUUUGAUGUUAGUGAAUCUGUUUUCAUUGAAAGAUACUUAAAAACUUUGAACCAAGUACCUUAAUAAAGUGACUUUUAACUCGACGAAACAAGCGGAGAAAGUAGAAAUGAUACAUCUUCUAAGAAGACUAAAAAAUCGAUCUAAAAAGCCAGUAAAACUUUUGAAAAAGGAUAAUAAAAGAGAAAGAGCAGAAAAGCUAAAGAUUUUAUUUCCUACUGA